AUGAGGCAUCCUACAUACAAGAGCCUGUUGGCCAGGUUGGCGAUCCUCACGUUUCUGAUAUGCAUGCUGGUGACUGCCUUCAGCGCCGACUUCUCCCUCCCACGCAGCUCUCCGCCGGCACUCUUCCGCCGCAGUCUCCCUGGGUCUCUCGCCACAGCCCCCAAGGGUGCAGUGGGAUACUACCAGCCACCGCCGGGCCCUGUCAACGAAGAUGAAGACCCGGUGCCACUGACCAGAACACAUAUCUCGCCUACUCACGAGGCGGCACACGAACUGCGAGGGGUGGCCUCAGCAACAGGAGAGGCAGAAUCUGGCAAUAACCCCACCAAGACGCAAUCUGUGGUGGAAGCGACCUCGUCCGGUAUAGCAAGCAAGAAGGCUGUGCUGGGAGGAGGCCUCGGCCUUACCAUACUUCUUUCUAGUCUACAUCUUUAA